AUGACUCCACAGCCCCACGGCCAAUCGGCCCCACUGCUCCACGGCCCCACUGCCCCACUGCCCCUCGGCCCCACUGCUCCACGGCCCCACUGCCCCUCGGCCCCACUGCUCCACGGCCCCACUGCCCCUCGGCCCCACUGCUCCACGGCCCCACUGCCCCUCGGUCCCAUGACUCCACUGCCCCACUGCCCCUCGGCCCCUCGGCCCCAUGACUCCACAGCCCCACGGCCCCUCGGCCCCACUGCUCCACGGCCCCACUGCCCCUCGGCCCCACGAAUCCACAGCCCCACGGCCCCUCUGCCCCACGACUCCACUGCCCCACUGCCCCUCGGCCCCUCGGCCCCAUGA